AUGAGGAUACUACAAUGGGCCUUCGUAGGCCUCCUCUCCCUCGCCACCGCCGACUCCAACCUCACCCACGAGUCUCGCAACAUCCUACCUUCCAACUUCAAGCCACAGCAGCACUUCCGCAACGUCAACCUCGUGAGGAAUAUCAACUUGGAGAAGAACUAUGUGCGCGAGACGGUCAAUGUUGUCAUUGAGAACGUGGACAAGGCGGCGCAGCAGGAAUACUUUCUGCCGUUCGAGCCAGGCAGUAUAGCGAAUGUGGGAGGGCUGGAAGUGAGGGACAAGAAGGAGCCAGAGAAGGGAGGGUUUGUUGCUGAGAUUGCUGCGACAGAUGCGCAGAGCCCUACAGAGUUUUACAAGAUCAUCCUCCCAGCGCCCUUAGAACCCAAAGCCCAACUCACCCUCUCAAUCACCUACUGGACCCUCGCUUCCCUCCAACCACUUCCCGCCCAAAUUGGCCAAACAGAGAAACAGUACGUUCUCUACGCCUUCUCCGCAUACGCCCCUGCCGCCUACGACACCCAAAAGCAAAAGACCAAGCUCAAACUCCCCACAACCGACGUUCCUGACUCCGUCACCCUGCCCAAGUCAUUGAACGCAGAGGGCAAGGAAGACCCGCAGAAACAAGGCACCUCCUUCACCUACGGCCCGUACAGCGAUAUACCAGCUGGCAGCAUCCAGGAAGCCAGCGUGCGCUACGAGUUCACCAAGCCGCUUACGCAUAGUAAGCUGUUGGAGCGCGAUGUCGAGGUAUCGCACUGGGGCGGCAACGUCGCGUUCGAAGAACGCCAUUGGAUAACCAACCGCGCUGCGACGCUCAAGAACCAUUUCAGCCGCGUAGCGUACCAGCAAGCAGCAUACUACAACCCGCCCAUGGCCGCGUUAAAGGAAUUACGCUUCCCUCUCACCGUCGGCAGCGCAGACGCCUACUUCAUCGACGAUAUCGGGAACGUGUCAACGUCGCGCUUCAGGACGAAUCUGAGGGAGGCGAAUCUUGAACUGAAGCCGCGAUACCCUGUUUUCGGCGGCUGGAACUACAGUUUCAAAGUCGGCUGGAACGGCAAGCUGGACGGGUAUGUGCGGCAUUUGAAGGGUGAGAGCGAGGCGUAUGUGCUUAAGGUGCCGUUUUUGGAUGGGCCGAAGCAGAUUGAGGGGGUGGAGUAUGAGAGGGUUGUGACGAGGGUCAUUCUGCCUGAGGGCGCUGCCAAUGUCCGCUUCGAGACCUCCGUCCCUCUAAUCUCCAAUACCACCAGCCUCCACCGCACGUUUAUGGACACGCUCGGACGUACCACGCUUGAACUUACUGCGAUCAAUGUCGUCGACGAGUUGAGGGAUCGUGAGCUAAUCGUCACAUACGACUAUCCUUUCUCGGCGCAGUUUACGAAGCCUUUGACGAUCUUUGCUGGGCUUAUGGCGGUUUUUGUCGUGAGCUGGGUGAUCGGAAAUCUUGAUGUCAGCAUUGGGGGAAAGAAGGCUGCGUAG